UUUCAUUGUUUCUAUUUCCUUCUUUGUUCCAAAUCUAAGAUUUGUGUUCUGUAGCCGGAGAAGCUCUAUGCUCAGGGCUGUUUUAGGCCAGUUUGUUCGCCCUGCGUGGAGUUGUGCUGCAAGCACACAUAUUCCCAAGAUGUCCGAAGUAGGAGCAUCAAACCCGGGUGAAGCUCUCAGCAAGAAUGAGCUCAAGCGGCGUAUGAAAGCCGAGAAGAAAUUACAAGAAAAAGCUGCCAAGGCAGAGAAGUUAGCUGCAGCGAAGGUAGAAAGUACUGGAAAGUCUGCCGAAGCAGCAGGCUCUCAGAAACUAGUUGAGGAGGCAGCUGAUGUGAGCCCAUUGGACUACUUCUGUAUGCGAAAUGAGAGUAUCCAAGGUCUGAAGAAUACCGACAUGCAUCCCUACCCGCACAAGUUUCACGUCAGCAUUGGCUUGACCGAGUACAUCUCCAAAUAUGGUGACAUCGAGCCCGGGCAGAUGCGCGAGGGCGAAACGUGCACUGUUGCCGGUCGUCUUCAUGCCAAGCGUUUGAUGAGUUCCAAGUUAAUCUUUUAUGACUUGAGAGCAGAAGGCGUCAAGAUCCAGGUCAUGGCCAAUGCGAUGUUUACUAAGGAUGAUUUUGCUAAGAUCCACAAUAUCCUUCACAGAGGAGAUAUCGUUGGUAUUAAAGGCAUCCCAACGAGAACCAAGACUGGAGAGCUGAGCAUAGUUCCUCAGACGAUUCAGCUGCUGUCCCCGUGUCUACAUCAGCUGCCCGGUAGUUUCCAUGGCUUCAAGUCACAGGAAUACCGGUAUAGACGGCGUUAUCUAGAUCUGAUCAUGAACGACUCCGUGCGGCAGAAGUUCAUAGUGCGUGCUCAGAUUGUCAGCUAUGUACGCCGUUUCUUGGAUGAGCUUGGCUUCCUUGAGAUUGAAACACCAAUGAUGAACAUGAUUGCUGGCGGUGCCACAGCCAAGCCAUUCGUCACCCAUCAUAACGACCUGGAUAUGGACUUGUUCAUGCGAGUAGCCCCAGAGCUGUACCACAAGAUGUUGGUUGUCGGUGGAAUGGACCGUGUUUAUGAAAUCGGUCGUCAGUUUAGAAACGAAGGCAUUGAUAUGACGCAUAACCCGGAGUUCACCACAUGUGAAUUCUACAUGGCGUACGCCGACUAUCACGACCUGAUGGAGAUCACCGAGAAACUGCUCUCCGGCAUGGUGAAGAAGAUUACCGGUGCAUACAAGGUCUCCUGGCACACCAGUAGCGGAGAGGAGAUGGUAGCUGACUUCACACCACCAUUCCGCCGCAUUGACAUGAUGGCAGAGCUGGAGAAGGUGCUCGGCGACAAGCUGCCGAGCCCCGAAGAGCUCAACACGCCCGAGAGCAUAGAGAAGCUGAAGAGGCUUUGCGCCAAGAACAACGUCGAUUGCUCCCCGCCACUGACUGCUGCACGCUUGCUGGACAAGCUUGUCGGAGACUUCUUGGAAGUGCAGUGUAUUAGUCCGACCUUUAUCAUCAAUCAUCCCGUCGUCAUGAGCCCGCUCUCCAAAUGGCAUCGGUCGAAGCCUGGCUUGACGGAACGUUUUGAGCUGUUUGUGUGUCAGAAGGAGGUGUGCAAUGCGUACACGGAGUUGAACGACCCACUGGUACAGAGGGAACGAUUCGCCCAGCAAGCUGCUGACAAAGAGGCUGGUGACGAUGAAGCGCAGAUGAUCGAUGAGAACUUCUGCACGGCUCUCGAGUAUGGUUUGCCACCAACAGGUGGCUGGGGAAUGGGUAUUGAUCGCCUGGCGAUGUUCCUCACCAACUCCAACAACAUCAAGGAGGUUCUGUUCUUCCCGGCAAUGAAGCCGAGAACACCCGCAGAGGCGCAGCACGCUGCAGAAGCAAUGGCUGCCGCAGUGGCAGCAGACGAGGCAGAAGAAGCAGCCGCAGCAACAAACGGCCAAGCAGCCGCCAAGUAGGGACAUAAUUACAUUGGACGUGCUGCACCUUCGGGUUACUUUGUGUGUGUGUGUGUGUGUGUGUGGUGGGUGGGUGAGUGAGUGGGUGGGUGUGCUUGUGUGGUAGGUGUGCUUGUGCGUGCGCCGUGUGCGUGAAAGUGGAGAUACAGGCUUUCUGGCGCACGCAUGUCUCUGCUGCGCUGAGAGAGUUAAGUUGCCAGGAGUUUUCAGGAAGCCGAGAUUAAUUUUUUUCCUGAGCCAAGUAGUGAUAACUUUUUUUCCAGCUUGGUUUUGCUCCUUCAUAAAACCAUGAUAACUUAUAGUUUUGCGAGUGUACUCGUAUAUUAUUUCAAGAACUCAUUCAAAGCUUGGAAA